AUGGCGGAAAUUUUAAAAGACUGGCUAUCUAAUCGCUUGCAGCGUUCUAUUACAUGGAAAGCAGAAGAAUUUGGGGACAAAAUGAAAAACGGUCAUACAAUUUCAUGUGUUUUGCGAAGUUAUAAUGUCAUCAAUGAUGAAAAGCAUUUUCUGAUUAAACCGAGUAAUAUAAAUGAAGAUAUAAAAAGUAAUUGGAAGUAUUUAAGCUUUUGGCUAUCGGAGUUGGAAAUACAUUUAAGUGAUGAAGACCUAGAAAAUAUUAUGGCAGGAAAAGGUUCUACGAUACUAAGGCUAUUUUAUCAACUUUUUCUUACUUUAGACAAGAGGGACAGAACCAAUUUCAUUAAACAAGAAAGGAAAAAAUAUUCGAAUUUAGUGGAAAAAAUUAAAAAUCGUUUUACUGUAAAUAAAGUCAAAGAGAAACGAGAACCAUUCGUAGAGAAUUUAUCUAAGCCUUUGUUAGAUGAAAAUCAAUUUAUUCAGUGGCAAAAAGAAAAAUCUAAACAAAUUAAGGAAACGUAUGAUUAUUUACGCUACAGAUAUUUGAAAACUUUAAAACACAUAGAAGAAUCUAAUACACCUUUGAAAUAUCAAGCUUCGACGGCGAAAAAAAUCUCCGACAAAGAUAAAAAAGAUAUGGAACAAUUUUCACUACGAUAUCCAUGUAAAUUUCACAACUAUACUUAUGAAGAGCUAUGUGACUUAGAUAAAAGUGUUUCACAAAGGAAGCAGCCGCUUAUUGAUUCGCAAUGGGUUAAAAACUACAUGGAUAAUUUACAUACUAGAAUACAUAUAAAGACCGAUUCUGAAGAGUUUCAGAAACAACUUAGCACUGCGAUAAGUGGGUCCUUAUGGGAUAUGACUGUGGGUGAAGAAGAGUCAAAGCUGGAUAACGAUCUUGCAAAGAAAGUAAUGAAAUUAUCUCAAUUUGAAAAACAAAUGUGUACACAAAUAAUGGAAACCAAGCAACAAGCCCGUAAUCUAGUAAAAAAUAGAAUUGCAGGAGAAGAGGAAUUCGCAGAGCAGAGAACGCAACAAUUUAAUCAAUUUCUUGAUAAUUUAAAGGAAGAAAUUAAUUUAGGAAUAGCUGAAAUAGACUUCGAAAAGCAAAGGCAGAAUAUGUUGCAUAAAAAAUUGUAUGCAGAAAAGAUGAAAAGAAAAAGACAACACUAUUACGACAUUUGCUACGAUACAGUUUUGUCCAUAAUUGAUUACGCUACAAAAUAUGCUUACUAUAAAAGAUUGUUAGAAGGAGAUAUACCUAAUCAUUUUAUUUCUGAGUGGAAAACAUUGUAUUAUAAACAGCAACCUAUUUUUGAUUAUAUUGAGCCAAUGGAAAAUAUUUUAAAAGAAUCGACAAGUGAAGAAAAUGUGUUACCUGAUUAUGAGGAAAUAUUGCAUCUAGAAUUAGAUCGUCACGAAAUUUUAAAUGUAAAUGAGUUUGAAGAUUAUCAUAAUUAUAUGAAUCUUUGGAAAUUGGAUUUCUUAAUACCUAAUUUUGACCCUGAAUCUGAGGACAGAAGGUAUGAACAUUUAGGGUUACGUAUUUUAGGGCAUGUAGUAUAUUCACUACUAGAAAUAAAGUAUCCGUACCCACCUCAACAAUUACCAGCCAAUUUACCAGAAUACUUCUCAAAAGCUAUUGUACGCCAUAUACCUGAUAACUUGAUUACAAAUGCCAUGCAAACAUUGCUAAUAGCUCAAAAAAUACAUGUUGUACGACUUGAGUCAGCUGUCAACUUCUGUCUUAGACAAUUUAAACAUGAAAUGGUUGGUUGUACUGAUAUUGAAUUAUCUUUUGAUAAAUUUUUUGCAUCAGCUCAAGAAGAGGAUAGUAAAGAAUUCAUUAAGUUAUUAAAAAGUGAACAUGAAGUCACUAAUAAAAGUAGCGAAGCUAAUGUGAUUUUAGGUUCAGGACCGCUUAUUGCGAAUAUUAAGCAGACACAAACACCUAAAACCAUUCCAGAAGAAGAUAUGACUUUGUCACAACCCGCUGAACUAGGAAGAUAUGCAUAUGAAUCUUUAAAUUCCGGAGAUAUUUUGACAGAUCACUUACUUUGCGCAAUAAUAGUUGAAUAUCUAAAGGAGCAAGGUAAUAUAAAUGGUUUUGCGAUAGUAAAUUAUCCUAAUUCAUAUCGUCAAGCACAAAUCUUAGAAGAGACAUUGUCGGGUCGGGCACCUCCUGAUGAAAACGAGUUAGACGACCAAGACGAUAUAUAUCUCGAAGAGAGCAUUGUUAAGCAUAGGAAAAAAGAGAGAGAUCCUUAUAAACAAAAGAGAACAUCCAAACUUGUUUGUGAUCCUCAUAAAAAAAUAGCUAAUAAACCAUUUACUAGUUAUUUCACAUGCUAUAUAAAACUAAAAGAAACAGAAGAUAUUCUCAAAGAGUUGGUGAUAUGGAAUUUAAACCAAGAAAAUUCAGAACUUAUAGAUAGGUUUUAUGCUGUACUAGGAAUAAAUUAUAGUAUGUAUUACGAAGUUAUAGAGAAAGAACAAUUGAGUUUGAUAUGCAAAUAUAUAAUUGGUGACUAUACAAUGCCAUUAAAGUCAAAUGAUAAGCUAUUUGGUGAAAACGUUUUGAGUAAUCUUGAUUUUCCUUCCUCUGAUGAUAAGAGAACAAAGUCAAAGAUUGUCAAACCUGAAUUAUCUAACGGAAAAUCGAAAGAAAGAUUGCGACGUAAUUCUAGAUUAAGUAAAAUGUCAUCUUUAAAUGAUUUAAAUAUUGUUAAAGCACCUGAAUCUAUAGAUGAAAUACAAGAUGAGAUAUUAUUUGAAAAAUGUGAAGAAGAAGAAAAUGAGGGUAAAGCAUGUGACACUUCUCUUAGUGUUGAAGAAGUGAAAUUGUUAGCAGGCGAAGAAGACUGGAUAUAUGGCACGUUACCGAUAGUUGAAGAUAUAGGAGUUGCGUUAGCUACUUGUUGGGAAGAAAUAGAAAAAACAUAUUUAAAUGACAUUCAACAACUAUUUUUUGGAAUUCGAUUACAAAUGAAUUGCCUUGUGCCAUAUACAAGAUUCCUCAAGGAUAAAAUGGAACAAAUAAUUACACUUCCAUCCCAUAAACAAGAUUUAGUCAGUAAUUUCCAUCAGGAAUAUAAUAAUUUUGAAAAUGACUGGCGUGAUAUACAUUUAAGCAAAAACGAAUGGCAUUGUAAAAUAAAGGAGUUACAAUAUAGUUUAUAUAAAAUAUGUGACGAUAGAAAACAGUUUGCAGAACAACAAAGACAGUCACUUAUAUGUGAAAAUUGGGCGUUGGAAGAGAUAACCACAAUGGUCAACUCAUACAUUUCUUGCAUGCAGACUGAACUAAAUAGAUUUAUUUUGACUUAUCAAACUUUACACGACUUUUACUUCGCUAUGAUUAAAAGAUCUCCACCAAACGAAAGAUUGUCCUCAAAGGAACUUACUAAAAUUUUUAAAGAAACGGAUGAAACGUCAGGAAGUAAGAAAGGUGGAGAAGACAAAGUAUAUAGACAACUUAAGAAUUGUUUCCAAGAUAUGCAGUUGAAAAAUAUUGAAAUCGAUUACAGUAAUAAUCCUUUUAAUUUAGUCAUAGAAAAUAAUAUAAAAUAUGCUUUAAAAGUUGUAAAAGAUACCAAUGAUUCAUACAGAUCUCUAAUAAGUCGGGAAUAUAGUGAAAUAGCAAAAAUAGUGCCUGCAACAAAGAAAAAGGAAGAAACAAAUUCAGAAGAAUCAAUGUGCGAGGAAGAUGUUUUCAAGAAUAAUGCUUUAAAAUGUAUAGAUGAGUGGAUUAUGGGCAUAAAUGGUGAAAUGUUUAGAGUUAAUUUACGUCUAUUAGCUUUGCAAUACAAAUGUUAUAAAGACAUGAAACUUUUUAAUGACUACAUUACCAAGACAUUUAUAGACAUUCAAAAUGAUUUAAAUAAUUAUUAUCUGAAUGAAAUUAAAUCCGUUGAUCGUUUAUGUAAAUACAUGCAAAUGGCUGUUGAAAAUGAUAAAAGAAUUCCAGAUAGUCUUGCGCUCGAAGAAGAUAAGUUUAUCAUUGAUCCAAAUCUUUUACAAUAUUCUGAAUCAAAAACAAAAUUAGAAGAAACAGAUAUUAAGGAAGUCGUAUCGGAUAUACAAUUUAAAAUUUGUCACUUAGCUCGAUUACGAUCACAAUUCCAAAUUGUAGCCCCAACAGGGUUGAUUUUACAACAGGCGUUUAUUUACUUAUUACAAGAUUUUAUUUUAUUUGGCAGAGAAGUGUGUGAUGGUCCAAUGUUUCCAGAAUCAUGGAAACGAAUAGAUCCUGAACUUGUCCCGAAGUUAGUAUUUGUAUUGUUUGGAGAGACAACCUAUAUUGAUUGGAGGGAUUUUUUAAUAUAUUGUCUUAAUAUAAAUUUCCCUACUAUUGAAGAAUUGCUGCUCCAUCGUAAGCAUUUCCGUUGUAAUGACCUUGACUCUACGGAACUAAUAAAGAGGCAUUUAUUUUUCGAAGAGGAACUCUGGUUUGAAAAAGAUUUUAAUCCUGAAAAUAAACAGGCUUUGUUAAGAAAAAAUUUGACUAAACAUUUUAUAUUUGAGUUGUUCGAAACAGCAGAAAACAUUAUGAACUAUUCGGCUUUUUUGCUCGCAUUUUGUAAAAGUAUUGAUCCAAUUAAAGGAUUUGUUAUGGCUUUAUCAAUGGCAGUUGGUAAAAAGAUAUGUUUUGAUUUAGCCGAGUGUGAAGAUGUGGUAUGUAAAUUAAUAAAAGAUAAAAAAUACAAGGAAGAAUGUCUAGUUUGUGCAAAUAAAUGUACCAAGCAGUUUUUAGAUAAAUUAAUUAUGAAUGUUGUUAAUGUAUGUGAAGGUACAACAAUUACCGAACUAGAAUAUUCAGAACCUAUGCCUGAAUUGGAUAAAAAGGGGAAAAAGGGUAAAGGCGGUACAAAAGCUAAAAAAAAUGAAAGUUCUCAAAGUGCUCGAAUACCAAAGAUGCAAAAGAGUCUUAAUAGUCGAAGUAAGAUAGCGCAAUCUACUUCAGACGUCAAAACGACGUAUAUAUGUAGACCAUGUGAAGACGAAGUCGAAAUGGUUGAGGAAAAACCGCCUGAGAAAGAAGAGAUCAUAGAAGAACCAAAAGCGGAACCACAAGAAGACCCUAAUUUGGUUUAUGCUGUUAGCCAAACAGUUAUUUGGAAAGUAUUAAAAAUAUGUUUGCCUUCGUAUUUCGAAUUGCUUCCUGAAGUAGGAGUUUCAACAUAUUUUGAACAAGUUGAAGAGAUUAUGAAACGACUAGAACAGGACACCGAUAAUAAAGAUAUAUACGUCUGCAAAUUCGUUUCUGAACCAAAUAUAUGUAAAAUUUUGCAUAAAAACAAAAAAUUCGUUGCUAUAAAUUUUUUAGAAGAAAUUUUUAAAAUAUGUAUUUAGGACUCAAAAUUUAUUGACGCUGAUUUGAUCCUUGCAAGUUUAUCGUCGUUUUGUAGGUCUUGAAUGUGGAUUUUUCUAUGUAAACCUUGUAAUAAAGUUCGAACAAAGUAA